AUGGACGCGUUAGCACCUCCCAGGAAGAGCGUCGAGCUUGAAGACCCAGGUGCACAUGAGCUCGGCUCAUCCGACGUCGAGGACCACUUCUCAGAUGCCUCAGAAGGGCGACAACCACCAGUCGAGCGAUCCAGUGGCACCUCCCCCGUCCCUCUCACCCGCGUAGAGCGAGUGGACGACAAGCCGGCCUACGGCGAAGUUCCCGGAACGCCUGCCUACAAGAUGCGGACCUGGGACGCCGUGCCCGACGAAGUCGAAGUCGUCCCCGAAGGACAGCGCAGCCGGAGCUCCUCUUGGCUCCGCCCCACAGACCGCCCCUCCACCCCCCGCUCGCCGGGCGGCACCCCUCUCGUUGUUGUCGAGAGGGUUGACGACAAGCCAAGUCAUGGCGAGGUGCCUGGAACGGAGGCACAUGCGAUUCGCAAGGCGGACGCUGCACCGGAUGUUAUUCUCAAGGCGCCGCAGAAGGCUGGGAAGAAGCUAGAGGGAUCGCCAACUUCGUCGGUGAACAGAUCUCCCAGCCCGGUCGAACCACUAGAGGAGCCUGCAGGCUUCGGUGACGAUGCGGCGGACACGAAUGACGACGAUGGCAUAGACGAAGGCUUUGGUGAUGAGUUUGACGACUUUGAAGAGGGAGGGCAAGAGGAUGAUGAUUUUGGCGAUUUCGGUGAUGGGUUUGAGCAGGCGGACCAGGGAGCAGAGAGUGCUUUUGAUCAGUCCUUUACUCAACCUUCUGCUCCUGUUGCUCCGCCUUCACUUCCCAUCCCUAAUUUCGACGACUCCAACACACCAGAAGAUAUCCAAGCCGCAUGUCAACCCUACAUCAGCGAACUCUUCCCCUCCCUCAACCUCGACCCCUCAACAGACUCGUCUUCGCAAACCGCCACCUCCCUCUUUCUCUCCGAGCGCAGCCUCUCCCUCUGGUCCCAGCUCGUCGCCCCGCCUCCCCUCCAACCCCCCAACUGGGUCCGCUCCCGCAUCCGCCGCCUCUUCCUCGUCUCCCUCGGCGUGCCCGUAGAUCUCGACGAGAUCCUCCCCGCCAGCAAGCAAAAGAAGCUGAUCCUGCCCUCCAUCAACCUCUCCAACGAGCGCUCACCGCGACCCUCAUCCGACAACCGCGGCAACGGCGCCGUCGCGCGCCUGAAACAGGGCAACGACUCCUCUGCCUCUGUCAACUCAUCCACCUCCAAGGCCGAGAGGAAACGCCGCGGUCCGCCGCCGCCGCCAGAGCUGGAUGUCAGCUCGACAACAAUGCUGUGCUCCACGACGGAGCUAGCGUUGAGGAGCUAUACGGACGAGGAGCUGGAGGCGCAUGUGGCACGGUUGAAGGAGCUGCAGAUACGGGCUAGUGAGGUGUUGGAGUAUUGGCUCAAGCAGAAGGAUAGCGCGAUGGGGGAUAAAGAUGCGUUUGAGGGGGUGAUUGAGAAUUUGGUCAAGCAUGCUAAGAAGGUUAGGGAGUGA